AUGGAGCCCAUCAAGUCUGAGCUUCCCUUCUUUAACGAGGUGCCGCGCACCCAACCUCAGACCGGCCGCUCUCUGUUGCGGCCUACUCCAGCCGACGAGAUGCACGACUUGCUCUGCGUGGGCUUCGGCCCGGCCUCGUUGGCCAUCGGUAUCGCCUUGAAUGACGCCAUGGACCCGGGCCUCGGCGCAAAGCAAUCAAACUUCAAGCCCAAGGUCACCUUCCUCGAGAAGCAGAACCAGUUCGCCUGGCACUCAGGUAUGCUGGUUCCGGGCUCGCGCAUGCAGAUUUCCUUCGUCAAGGACCUGGCUACCAUGCGUGACCCCCGCUCCAGCUUCACAUUCCUGAACUACCUCCACCACAAGAACCGCCUGAUCCACUUCACCAACCUGGGCACGUUCCUACCAGCUCGUGUGGAGUUUGAGGAUUACAUGCGCUGGUGUGCCAAGCGCUUUGAUAAUGUGGUCAACUACGGCGAGGAGGUUGUCGAGGUUGUUCCUGGUCAGACUGAUGCCCGUGGUGUUGUGGAUUACUUCACCGUCGUGUCGCGUAACACUGGCACCGGUGAGAUCACCUCGCGCAAUGCUCGCAAGGUGGUGAUUGCCAUUGGCGGCAAGGCUAAGAUGCCGCCUGGUUUCCCCCAGGACCCCCGCAUCAUGCACUCGUCCAAGUACUGCACGACCCUGCCUAAGAUGCUGAACAACGAUAUGGCUCCUUAUAACAUUGCUGUUGUUGGCAGUGGUCAGUCGGCCGCUGAGAUCUACCACGAUUUGCACCGUCGCUACCCCAACUCGCGGACCACCCUUAUUCUCCGGGACUCCGCUCUCCGCCCUAGUGAUGACUCUCCCUUUGUCAACGAAAUCUUCAACCCCGAACGCGUCGACAAGUUCUACGGCAUGUCCGCCGACGAGCGCAAGAAGCGCAUCGCCACCGAAAAAGCAACCAACUACUCCGUCGUCCGCCUGGAACUCAUCGAAGAAAUCUACAACGACAUGUACCUGCAGCGGGUCGAGAACCCUGACGAAACCCAAUGGCAGCAGCGCAUCCUGCCCGAGACCAAGGUUGCCCGCAUCGAGCACCACAACCCUAGCAGCCGCAUGCGCAUCCACGUCAAGUCGGUCCAGAACGAGACCGAGGGCAAGGAGGUGCUAGAUGUGGACGCCUUGAUGGUAGCCACGGGUUACCUGCGUGAUGCGCACGAGGAGAUGCUCGAGCAGGUGCGCUCGCUCCGGCCCGCCGGUGCCGCGACGUGGAACCCGGGUCGUGAUUACCGGGUUUCCCUGGACGGUGCCAAGGUCAGUGCCCAGGCUGGUAUCUGGCUGCAGGGUUGCAAUGAGAAGACCCACGGUCUGAGUGAUUCUUUACUUUCGGUGCUUGCUGUCCGUGGUGGCGAGAUGGUUUCCUCGGUCUUUGGCGAGCAGUUGGCUGGUACCGGCUUGGUGCAGGACACCCGGUUGCGCGCUAUGCUCUGA